AGCAUGGAUGAAAUUGAGAUACCUCAGUAUUUUCUCUGUCCCAUAUCCCUUCAGAUCAUGAAAGAUCCCGUCACCACCGUCACCGGCAUCACAUAUGAUCGUGAGAGCAUCGAGCAGUGGUUGUCAGCGGCGGCACAGCCAAGCACAACCUGCCCAAUAACCAAGCAGCCUUUGCAUAGAGACUCAGACUUGACACCAAAUCAUAUGCUCGCCCGGCUGAUCCAAGCAUGGUGCAUUGCCAAUGGUAGUCAUGGAAUUGAUCGAAUCCCAACCCCAAAAUCUCCCAUCAACAAAUCCAACGUUGUUAAACUCAUUCGGGAUCUUGAAAAUCCUGUUUUGUAUAUGAACUCUUUGAAGAAAAUGGAUGAACUUACCAGUGAGAGUGAAAAGAACAGAAAGUGCAUGGCGGAGACGGGAGCAGCCAAGGCGAUGAUUACAUUCAUUUUACGUCGCUUCCGGGAAGGUAACACUACAGGUCUUGAAGAAGCAUUGAGGAUUCUCCAUCUAACCUGGAAUCCAACUUCUGAAAACAAGCAGCUGUUCAAAGAGAAUUUCGAAUUCCUCCAAUCCAUAAUAUGGAUUCUGAAGACUGAAUCAGAAAACAGCCAAACACUCAAAACUCAGGCAGUUAUAGUCCUUAAAAUGAUAACAGAAAUUGCAAGUUCAAGC